GGGCAUUGCAAUGGGAUUUGGCUGUAUCCUUCGGGUCCUCCGUGUGCCUCCGGCGCGCUCUUGUAAUAUCCUGGACGCAUCAGAAAUGCGUCGCAUGGACUCCCAGCGCUCUCGACAUAGACCUCGCCUGCGUUCUCUUUGCACCCAAUAAGUCGGCUAUCGUAUGGUUCUGUCGUGAGAACGAGCCAGCCGUGUUGCGGAGCUGCAACGCUCGAGAGCCUCGCUCGGGAGCCAGAGCCGCAGAGCAAAGGCGCUCGCGCGAGAGCCCUCGGCUUCGGGACCCCGCGCCAAGCACGGCUGCGUCGUCCAAGAACACCGAUUCGCCCGAAGAACGGCACGGUUCUGUUUUGGUCGGAUACCAACGCCUCAAUUUAGAGUGCGACAUUCCAGAGCCGAGCCGUCAUGUCGUAGCUCGCCGUCACGAUGCGCUUGCCGUCGGGCGAGAACGCGCAGCCCCAGACCCAGUGGGCGUGCCCCUCGAGCGUCGUCUGCANNNCGCGCCCGUCUCGGCGUCCCAGAGCCGCGCCGUCCCGUCGAUGCUCGCUGUCGCGAUGCGCUUGCCAUCGGGCGAGAACGCGCAGCUUUUGAGGUAGCCGGUGUGUCCCUUGAGCGUGUGCAACAGCGCGCCCGUCUCGGCGUCCCACAGCCGCGCCGUCCCGUCGUCGCUCGCCGUCGCGAUGCGCUUGCCGUCGGGCGAGAGCGCGCAGCUGUUGACGUAGCUGGCGUGCCCCUCGAGGAUUGCUGUGCCCUUCAAAAUCCGGUCGUGCCAGAUGAGGUUGCGCACCACCAGCGCCACGGCUCGCGCACCUCGAGCGACUCGUUUCGUCACAUAAAGCCCAUUCGUCGAUGCCGCCUGCCGCAGGAUGAUCGUGAAGAGGUCGUCCUGCUCGAAAACUGCAAGGGCCGGCGCGGUAGAGGAGGCGCGCGGCCGCAUGGUCUCGGUGGCUGGUGGCCUCCCUGGUCGGCAAUCUCCGCGGGCA